AUGGCUCCAGGGAAUCUCACCGGGGUGACUGAGUUCAUUCUCAUGGGGGUCUCCCACCAUCCAGAGCUCCAGAUUCCACUCUUCCUCGUUUUCCUGGUGAUCUACGGGCUGACGGUGGCAGGGAACCUGGGCAUCAUCACCCUCACCAGUGCUGACUCUCAACUGCAAACCGCCAUGUACUUUUUCCUUCGGCACUUGGCUAUCAUCAAUCUUGGCAAUUCUACUGUCAUUGCCCCUAAAAUGCUGGUUAACUUCUGGAUUUUGAAGAAAACCAUAUCUUACUAUGGAUGUGCAACCCAGUUGGGUGGAUUCAUAGCUUUUAUCGUGGCUGAGAUUUUCAUGCUGGCUGCAAUGGCCUAUGAUCACUAUGUGGCUAUUUGCAACCCCCUGCUAUACAUGGUGGUGGUAUCUCGGCACAUCUGCCUCCUGCUGGUAUCCCUCAUAUACCUCUAUGGUCUGAGCACAGCCCUGACAGUCUCUUCCUGUGUUUUCUCUAUGUCUUAUUGCUCUUCCAAUGUGAUCAACCAUUUUUACUGUGGUAGUGUCCCUUUGUUAGCAUUGUCCUGUACAGAUACCUACAUUCCAGAAACAGUAGCGUUUGCCUUUUCAGGAACCAAUUUAUUUUUCUCCAUGAUUGUUGUUUUAAUGUCCUACUUCAACAUCGUCCUUGCCAUUUUGAGGAUACGUUCCUCCGAGGGGCGACAAAAAGCCUUUUCCACCUGUGCUUCCCAUAUGAUGGCUGUCACUGUGUUCUACGGGACUCUCCUCUUCAUGUAUUUGCAACCAAGGACCAACCACUCAUUAAAUACUGAUAAAAAGGCCUCUGUCUUCUACACCCUAGUGAUUCCAAUGCUGAAUCCCCUCAUUUACAGCCUAAGGAACAGGGAUGUGAAGGGUGCAGUAAAGAGGUUCCUGGAUAACCCAUGCCAUUAUUCAAAUUAA